AUGAAGUCAGGGGCCAUCUUCCUCCUCCUGGGGCUCUUUACCCUCUGGGCCCAGCUGCCGCCUGCAUCUGGAGGGAGCCAUCGGAGCUGCCCAAAGCCGCUCGGCGCCGGCCACUGCGCGGAGUUAUGUGGCGUUGGCGGUUCCUGUCCCGAAGGAGAGAAGUGCUGCAGUAACGGGUGUGGCCACCAGUGCAUGAGAGUGUCUGGAGACCUUUGUAGACUCCCUGCUGACCCCGGGUCCUGUUAUGCCAUGAUCCCUCGCUGGUUCUAUGACUGGCAGGCCAAGAAGUGUGAGAAAUUCACCUAUGGAGGUUGUGAUGGGAACGAGAACAACUUUGCGACCCAAACAGAAUGUCUCGGGAAGUGCGGCGGGCACAAUAUCUGCAGCCUCCCCACUGAAGUGGGCCCCUGUACUGCUGUCAUUCCUCGCUGGGUCUACAACUGGCACUCUAAGAAGUGUGAAGAAUUCUCUUAUGGUGGCUGCAAUGGGAACAAGAACAACUUUGAGACUAAAGUAGAUUGUCUCCAGGCCUGUGCAGGCCAGGGUAAGACCCAUGACAACCUGGGCAGGUGCUGCUACUAA